AUGGAUUACAUCGCUCUACACUCCGAUAAUUACCAUCCACCACUGGUCGUACCCUGCCUAUGUGGUAGUGGUGGUUUCGAGUACGAUCAUAAAGGAUUUGUCGACUUUCCUAAACGCAUGGGCGUUCUCCCCGAAAACAUUGUGCAAGGCAAACUCGACGGACUAAGGCAGCUUGAUGCCUUGAUUUUCUUUCAGUCAUGGUGCUUCUUCGGCUUGCUCUUCGAAUUUCUAACCAUCGUUGGUCGGAGUUUCACGAUUGAAGAUUUUGUGCAGCGGGAACCGUCUGUAGUGAGUGCAGAGUCAACAAGUAGCAUCAUUUCUACCAAGAAAUUUCCGCUACUAGUCCGCGAACUAGAGGAGGAAUCGCGAACACUGGAUGCUGCGGAGAAGGCCAAACGAUUUGAGACCAUCUGCGAGCGUCUCAAAGUGGCGGCAGAAUUCACCCAUCUUAGCGCUACUUACAAGAUCGAUGCAGAUGGACGACAUUUCUUCUCGGACGACUCCAUAAAUUGGGAAAAGGCUUCGUCACUCGGAAACGUGGUGCAUCUCUCGGUAGUGGCGCUCGGUGAGUUUCUCGGGUCCAUAACCAUUACUUUGUAUAGGACCAAAAAUUCCAAGUAUGCAAUUGACAUGGGCCCAAGCGCAUUCAUACAGUCUCGCAUGAUACAGGCAGGGUGGUGCCCCAGUCAAGUCCAGGCGCUCCACGACCAAAAGGUCGGGGUGGCGGUCAUGUAUUACUUGAGCUCUAUGAAUGCCCGCGCAUUAGGUUGGAAUCAUGACGGGUGUGGAAAGAGUUCUCGCUGCCAAUUUGACACGUUGGAUCUGCAGAAAUACCGACCGAAACACUCUUCAGAAUGUUUGGCUUCAGGUGGGGAUAACUGUCGAUUCGUCGCUCCCGAGUCGACUUGGUCGCCUCGCAUUUCCGGCAUUGUACGAAAGCAUCAGACACCGCUCAUUACGGUACAUCAGCGUGCUGUUGAUAAAACAGUGCAGAUAUGUGUCACGGCAGCCGAGAAAUUUGCGCAACAUAGGAGGUAUCUUGGGAGUCAACUGCUUAAUAAAGGCGCUACAAUCAUAGGGUUACGGACUGGGUCUCCGAAUCUCCUCACAAUCACGAUCCCCUACGUCUGCAUCUCCCAUGUUUGGGCUGACGGAUUGGGUAAUCCGCGGGAAAACAGCAUUCCUGCGUGUCAACUUGUGCGCUUACAGCGUCUGGUAAACGAGCUUUACACCCUGGAGGAGAGACCAGUGCCAUUCUGGCUUGACACCUUGUGUGUCCCAAGACGCAACCGCUUCCGAAGAAUGGCCAUAGUCGCAAUGGCUAAGAUUUACAGGCAGGCUGAUAAGGUCCUGGUGUUGGAUUCUUCACUUCUUCAGGCUUCCACCGCCGUCUCUCCACCCCUCGAAUUACACGUUCGUCUAAUGACAUCACGCUGGGCCCAGCGAUUGUGGACUUUCCACGAGGCAGCCCUGGCUGAGCAACUCUAUUACCAAUUCGCGGAUCGCGCACUUACCCGUCGUCAACUCACCGAUCUUUGGCUGACAUCUUUGCCGAGCUGUCGCCAGCUUGUUUCAUCUGGUAGCGACGAUGCAUCAGAUCAACCCACUCCCAUCCGUGGUGAAGCUCGCAAGGUAGGGCUCCGUAUCUUGUUCUCGGACCCUGUUGCGCGGCAGGGAGUCAUCUGGUUGUAUGAUCUGGAACGAUUUACAAAAAUGCCGAGAGAAAACGACGCUGCGUGCUUGCAGGCUAUAUUAAAUCCUUUACGCUGGCGAACUACGAGCUGGUUAGGCGACGAAGCCAUCUGUUUAGCCGGCCUCCUUGACCUACCACUAACCCAACGCUCAUUCCUCUUCCAAUUACAUGCCGCACAGAGAUUGAAGCAGCUGGUCCUGUUACUUGACUCGGUCCCAUUGGACUUACUCUUCGCCAGUCUGCCUCGAUCACCAGAGUCGGGCUUUCCGUGGAUUCCAUCAAGUUUUUUGGGCAGAGGUUUUGAUGCGUCCAUGACAAGAUCGCGCACCGGUUACAUUACGGGUGAAGGACUGCGAUUCAUCUCCCCCGGAUUCCAUCUAUGUGGCAGGGUUGAGUCAAUCUUUGAUGACAAAAGAGUCUACCUGAAUUACGACGGACGUUACUACUUUAUGGUUCCUCGAGAUGAUAAUGGCGCCUUCGAAUGGGAUUCUAAUGAAUCGUCGGACCUGGCGGUCAUUCUUCGACGGCCUCUUGUUUAUCCUGGAUCUGAAUUUGCUGCUCUACUUGCGGUUCAGAAGAGAGUUGAUAAUGAGUUGCGAUGUCGUUAUCUGCAUCCGAUACUCAUCGACGGUCGCGAUGAGCAGAUAUCUGUUUGUACAGACCACCAGUCCCCUGUCGUCAUGUGUACAGCCUAUCCCGAGGGACAGGCAUGGUGUAUACUAUGA